CAAGCCCUGUGCUUUCCUUGCUCCUCUCAGCAGAGAGAAAGGUUUCUCAAUGUGUAGAAUAAACAAGGUGGUGUGGGGUGAACCCCACUGGCUUGUUAAGAAAGAGGAAACAAGGGGAAAGCAAGGGUCUGUUAUAAAUGUGAAUUUAUUUAAUUUAUCCCUACGUGUGCUAACUUUGUCCUUUUUCCUAGGAAACACGUGGGAAGGGGUGAGAGAAUGCCGCAUGAGAUCCUGUCUGGUGAUAUAAUGGCUGGAGCACUUGCUGCUGCCCCUGGCACUUCCUUGGCAUCUACCUGGGCAGCUGAGAGAAAAGGUUUGGUUCAGCUAUGGCCACGUCUCUUUUGAGAGGGAAAGCCAGGCUGGGAAAUGGGGAGUGAAAGGAGAGUGGGGCUGGCAGAGGAAUCUGUGCCUCUGGAGCCGAGGAGCUCACGGCGCCACUCCCAGCAGCCCGAUUGCCUCCAGUGCCCAGCCUUGCCAGCACUGAAAUCCCUUUUUGUCCCUGCUCUGCAAUUAGUGAUCAGCAUUGACACUGCUUUGGGUUCUGCUCUCCUUUCACAACAGCUGCUAUUGAGAAGGGACAAGCUGAAGAAAGAGCCUUGGGUUUGUGGAUCAGUGAGAGGAUGCCAUAACAACCACUGUGUCUUUUUUUCCCUACUGAGAAACAAUGAUAAACUUGAUUAGCAGGAGCAGGAAAAAGGAGUGGAAGGAAGCUGUCCUUUGCUCUGACUGUUGGAGGGGAAACACAGCCUGCUCAGAGUAUUUUCUGAAAAAGUUCUGCAGGGCAGAGGAGUUGAACAGUUGAUCACAUGCAGGAGCACGGGAUAGAUGGAGUACAGCUGACUCAACAACUACAGGGGAUUUGGGUUUUGCAAUGGAACAGGUAUGGUUGCUGCUCCUGCUGACGAUUAAAGUGCUCCCAGUGACUGCUCAGUUCAAUGGAUAUAACUGUGAUGCUAACCUCCAUAGCAGGUUUCCUGCUGAGCGAGAUAUCAAUGUUUUCUGUGGAGUACAGACAAUUACUAUGAAAAUAAAUUUUUGCACAGUUCUUUUUUCUGGUUAUUCUGAGACAGAUCUGGCACUGAAUGGGAAACAUGGGGAUGCCCACUGCAGAGGCUUCAUCAAUAACAACACCUUUCCAGCAGUGGUCAUUUUCAUCAUCAAUCUGAGUACUUUGGAAUCUUGUGGAAACACUUUAGUGGUAUCCUCAGCUCGAGGUAUCAAUGCUUAUGGAAAUACCUCAGUGGUACAGAUAGGUAAUGUUUCAGGCUAUAUUGAUACACCAGACCCACCAACGAUUAUCAGCUAUUUGCCUGGGCUUCUGUACAAAUUUAGCUGUAGCUACCCACUGGAGUACUUGGUUAACAAUACCCAGCUCGCUUCGUCAUCGGCUGCUAUUUCUGUAAGAGAGAACAAUGGUACAUUUAUCAGCACUUUGAAUUUGUUGCUUUACAAUGAUUCAACCUACAGCCAGCAACUCCUUAUUCCAAGCACAGGUUUACCUUUGAAAACCAAAAUAUAUGCAGCUGUAAGAGCAACCAAUCUUGAUGGCAGGUGGAAUGUUUUGAUGGACUACUGUUACACCACACCAUCUGGCAAUCCUAGUGAUGAUCUUCGAUAUGAUCUUUUCUUCAGCUGUGACAAGGACCCGCAGACAACCAUAAUUGAAAAUGGCAAGAGUCAAAUGGGCCGGUUUUCCUUUGAGGUGUUUCGCUUUGUGAAGCACAAGAACCAAAAGAUGUCCACGGUCUUCCUUCACUGUGUGACGAAGCUGUGCAGAGCAGAUGACUGUCCCUUUCUUGUGCCAAUCUGCAGUAACAGAGAAAGAAGAGACACUGGUGGAAGAACGACUUGGCGCCCUCAGAGCACAUCUGGGAAUGCUGUAAUCUCUGCUGGCCCCAUCAUUACAAGGAGUGAUGAGACUCCAACCAACAAUUCACAGCUUGCUCACCCAAAUGGAUCUCCUUUCCAGAUGAACACGGUCACCAGUGCGCUGAUUUCAGGCAUUGUCGUCCUAGGAAUUUCAAGCAUUUUCUUUUUUGUAUGUUCUCUAACCCUUCUGCACAGAAACUGGCCCAACAGUUCGGUCCUGAGUGGCAUCCGAAACCCAGUUUUCAACUGAAAGUGAUGAUUUUUUUGCACUUUUUGUUUGGGGUUGCCUUUCUCGUCUGUGAAGUAUGAUUCCAUUAAAAAGUAAUACUAAGGCAACACUCCAGUGGUAUCCAGCUUCUGUUCCAGCUGUUCUGUAUUUGUAGAUUUGCUAGAUGACAUUGUGUAGGAAAGCAGCAGUGAUGUUUGUAACAAGCCUAGAAAAUGUUGAGAAUCUCAAUUGUGUUUGCGAUCAGACUGCAUGACAUUUGCCCAUGAAUGUGCUGACAAUAGAGCUCACAUCUUCAUCUGCUCAGUAAGGUCUAAAAGCUGAAGAGGCUGCAGGUGAGAACCUUUCCAAGUAUGCCACUUUAAUACAAAGGCUGACAUAUUCAGAAAAGUUCCUAAGUUCAUGAACAUCUAGUAAGAUAAGGAUAACUUCUUUUUUGUUAUUACAUUUUUCAUGAAAACAAGUGUGUCUCAGGAGGAAUUUGUUUUCAUCUGUCUUGGCUAAAAAUAGCCUAAGAGAGGCUUGGAACAAGUGACUUUUGCUUAUUUGUAAUUUGGAAGUAUUUUCUUAAAUAUAUCUUUCAUUGGCUUGUGGAGGUAUCAUGUAUCAAGUAUGGCCCAAACUUUCCUCACAGAAAAUUAUUUUUGGAGCGCAAUUUGGCAACUGAGUAAAAACUCUCACUAAUAUACUAAUUGUUAAGGGCAAGUUUUGCCCUGUGAGUUUUUCAGUUCUCAGAUAAAGCUUUCAUUUCCACAUGAAGAGUCAUCAAUCAGUGCUUAUUUCUUUAGCAGAUUUUCUGCAUGAGUUAGACUUGUUCACCGCAUGGAUGAGGGGAAGAGGACAACUUCAAGGAUAAAAGGCUAAAGAAGUACUGUACUGUUGCCUCUAGCUAGUCUGAUGAAUAUCUGACUUAACCUGAAGUGAGUGUGAGUGGCAGGUGCCCUCAAACAAGAGCAAAAGUCAGUGGCUUAGCUGUGUAGAGUAGACAAAAAUGCUGGUACUAGAGAGGCCACCAUAGACACAACAUAUUAAGCUGGACUGGAUGGACAGUUGGGAUUUUGGUCACACAUACAGCAGUUAAAUUUCAUUUUUCGUGUACUGUACAUAUUGGCCUAGAAACACCUCAUUGAUAUUUAUCAUCAUCCUGUGUUAACUGUCUGUGUCUUCACUGAUGUGACAGAACUGGCUAAUGAUCAGGGCUUUUUGGCUCUCAAGGCUAAAGAAAAAUACAGUCUUGCUCUCAGUUUUCUCUGACCCUGCAAAUGCUGUAUAAAGGCCUGUUGUUUGCAAAUUCCACUGUGCUGUACGGCGUUAUCCCUAACAACCAAUACUGUGCCUGUUUUCCUCCAGUCUUAAUACCUCAGAAACAUUUUUGCACUUCAGGGGUUAGGUCUGAUGACAUGUAAAACACGAUUGUUUAAUAAAAUUAAACAUUUCAGAGUGGAUGCUUUGUCUGAACUGUUUUCCUUCCCCUGCCCAA